GCAGGCCGCAGCGGCGGGGUCGGGGCCGGGGCCGCGGCGAUGCUGGAGGAGGCGGGCGAGGUGCUGGAGUCGGUGCUGAAGGCCUCAUGCCUGCCGCUCAGCUUCCUGCUGUUCGUGCCCGCUGUGCUCCUGCUCCUGGGCCCGCCGCCGGCCGCCGAGGCCGCCCACGAGUUCACGGUCUACCGCAUGCAGCAGUACGAGCUGGGCGGGCAGCCCUACGGCACCAGGAGCGCGGUGCUGAACACCGAAGCCCGCACCGUCGAAGCGGACGUCCUGAGCCGCCGCUGCGUCAUGAUGCGCCUGGUGGACUUCUCCUAUGAGCAGUACCAGAAGGCUCUCCGCCAGUCAGCUGGGGCUGUGGUGAUCAUCUUGCCACAAUCCAUCUCUUCUGUCCCACAGGAUGUUGUAAGGCAAUUCAUGGAGAUAGAGCCAGAAAUGCUGGCCAUGGAGACCAUUGUGCCUGUCUACUUCGCGGUGGAAGACGAAGAGCUGCUGUCCAUCUACGAGCAAACGCGAGCUGCUUCCGCCUCCCAGGGCUCUGCCUCGGCUGCAGAAGUUCUGCUGCACACAGCAACUGCCAAUGGCUUCCAGAUGGUGACCAGUGGGGCUCAAAGCAAAGCUAUCAAUGACUGGCUCAUACCCAGUGUGGAGGGAAGGCUGACAGGGCUUGGUGGAGAAGACCUGCCCACUGUUGUGAUCGUUGCCCACUAUGAUUCUUUUGGAGUGGCUCCAUGGCUGUCCCAUGGUGCUGACUCCAAUGGCAGUGGUAUCUCAGUGCUGCUGGAACUGGCCAGGCUCUUCUCUCGGCUCUACACCUACAGACGUACCCAUGCUGGGUAUAACUUGCUUUUCUUUGCAUCUGGAGGUGGCAAGUUUAAUUAUCAAGGAACCAAACGGUGGCUGGAAGACAAUUUGGACCACACUGAUUCCAGCCUGCUGCAGGACAAUGUAGCAUUUGUUCUCUGCCUUGAUACUCUGGGCCGGGGCAACAGCCUUCACCUCCACGUCUCCAAGCCUCCCAAGGAGGGCACCUUGCAGCAUGCAUUUCUGAGAGAGCUGGAGAUGGUUAUUGCCAGCCAGUUCCCAGAGGUGAAGUUUUCCAUGGUGCACAAGAAGAUAAACUUGGCUGAGGACAUGCUGGCCUGGGAGCACGAGCGGUUUGCCAUCCGGCGCCUGCCAGCCUUCACCAUCUCCCACCUGGAGAGCCACCGCGACAGCCUGCGCAACAGCAUCAUGGACAGGAGGGCACGAAUAGACACUAAGGCACUAACCAGGAAUACCAGGAUCAUUGCUGAGGCUUUGACAAGGGUCAUCUACAACCUAACAGAAAAGGGAGCACCUGCAGACCUGCAGAUCUUCACAGAUCAGAUGCAGAUCCAACAGGAGCAACUAGAAUCAGUAAUGGACUGGCUGAGCAGUCAGCCCAGGGCUGCUCAGCUGAUCGAUAAGGACAGCACCUUCCUCAACACCCUGGAGUACUGCAUGGGUCGGUACCUGAAGGAUGUCAAACAGCAUCAUGUAAAGGCAGACAAAAGGGACCCUGAGUUUGUUUUCUAUGACCAGCUGAAGCAGGUGAUGAAUGCAUACAGGGUCAAGCCAGCAAUCUUUGACCUCCUUUUGGCUGUCUGCAUUGCAGCCUACCUUGGUGUUGCCUAUGUUGCAGUGCAGCACUUUGGUCUCCUUUACAAGAUGAUCCAGAGGUUAUCCCUUAAAACCAAACAGCAGUGAAGCACUGAGCCAUCACCUGUGCACCCAAGCAGCUUUGAGCCAUCGGUGAGCCCAUCAAGAACCUUCUGCCUUCCGCUGGAUCCUCUUGUUUCUCCUCUGUCUCCUCUUUGCUACUCUGCAGAGAAGAGAAAGGCAGAAAGAAGAGGAAAUUUUAACUCCAGUGCACCUUUAAAGUGCUUUUCUUCACCUUCUUCCCCUGAUGUGCACCAUUUCUGUUUUUGUUUGCUUUCUGGCAAGGGAGAGGCUCAGAGACUUCAGUAGUUCCUGCAGGUUAAAACACUGCAGGGUUGAUUCUGAGCAGCGUCUUUGAGCAUUAAACCAAACCCAGCACCUUGGUGGACAUGUGUGCCAUAGAGCCAACUUAGAAACUGAAACUCCAGAGUGACAACUUGCCUCUGCCCAGCAAACACAGACUUGGAGGUGAGGGAGGGGGGGAAAUGCACAUGGAAAUUAAAGAGAAUACUAUUAGCAUGUUUUCUUCUGGCAGCUCUUCCUGAAGCUCACUGCCUGGCUCUAGGAAGGGAGGCUGAGCAGGCAGUGUCUGCAGCAGGCAUCUUCCUGCUUUUUGUUUUGUGCAAUAAGUCAUUGCCUUUUAGGAGGUGCACUGUAAACCACCUUGUCUGAUACUGGCAGCAUGAGGAAAGGUUCUUAAAGCUUGUGUUAAGUGUUCUAAGCAGGCCAGGUUCUCUCCUAAUCUCUGUUGGAGGAUGGAUUUUGCUGUGUGCUUGGUUUCUUUUCAAGUUCAUGGUCCUUGAACAGUUCAGAGCUGCCACCACUCUCUGCUAAACUCCUGCUUGGUUUCUAAGGGGAGUUCUGCAGUCCCAGCUGCUGCAGGAUUGGAUUCUGUGCUGCUCCUGGUAUCUAAAUGAGCUGGUUGUAAUUAACAGCAAAAGCAACCUGGCUUCUGCUGGGCUUUGGUCUAAUCCCUUCAGUCUUCAUUCCUCAGUUUUCACUUCCAAAUGGGUUCUGGAUUUUGGGAUGCUCUGCCACGUUCACCUGUGUCUCAGGGUUGCAUUUCAUCUUUUUCAACUCUCUCUGGAAGCUGUUCCUGGCCUGCAUGUAUGAGCAAAUUCCCACCCCAAGUGCUUGUUGCUGUCCUGUUUGUGUGCUGUAUGGAGGGAGGGAGGGAGGUCACUUAGCCAUUAAAAUCAAAACAAUGCACACACAACAUAGGAAGUUGUAUGAAUGUCCUUUUAAACCUGGCUGUCCAAAACAGAGCCUGUGUCUUGGAGCCAACUCUCUCUGUUACUUUCAUCCUUGAGCAAGCCUUAGUUUUAUUUUGCUGAUGCUUCUGGAUGGAGACAGCUGUGGAGCUACCCAAAAGAGCUGCCCAGGGCUGUGCAAAGAUCAGGAGGGCCAGGUGACCAGGCCAGUUGGUCAGGCUUUGUCACCAUCUUAUGCUUAAGCUUGUCCUGAAUUCCAGCAUCCAAGGUGAGCAGGAUACUUCUUGCUGCUUUCUGCUGAGAACUCAGUGCCCUUUCUGGGCAGUGUUGCACUUUGUCUGUCUUGAAGCUCUCCUGGAAAAUACAACUCCUAGGCUAGCUGCAGAUCCAGAAGGUGUCCUGCUUGUCUACUACUGUGCUGCCACUCAGCAGUGUUUGAGUCCUUCCUGUCACUCGUUCUGUGCACAUGAGGGCUCUUCACAAGCCAUGGUGACUACUUUUGUUUUUGACUGACUACUUGUGUUUAAAAUAGGAGCUUUCACACAGGCUGAAAAGCUCUCCUGGGCUCGAGUGAAGGUGUGUGCUCUUGGGCUUGUUUUCCCCUGUAUGCAAGGAAGAGUCAAGCAGUGCAUCCUUGCCUGCACUACAGCUGCUGUUAGAAAGGAGCUGUUGUGGCCAGUCACUGUCCUUAUCCUUUGGAUGGGCACCAAGCACUGAUUUCUGCCCAUCCUCUGUUUCACCAUAGUCUCCUUCUUGGAGUACUUUUUACCCCCUAUUUAGCUUUCUGCUACUUGAAAUGUGUAGCAACUUGCUGCUUCCAGGGUCUUUUCCAGGAGCCUGUGCUGAUGUCAGUAGCUGAGGGUGAUAGCAGCAGGUGGCAGGGUACCAAGCACUCCACAGGAGCCAUCCCUACAGCAAAACUUGCCAAUUUCGGGGGUGGACUUAUUUUCUUUUCAGCUUUUGACUGCUUACUUAAUGUCUCUCUGCAUGCAUGAAGUGUUUGUGACACUCCUCUGCCAAAUGAAUUUAUUAUGACUUCAGGCCUUGCUGGGGAAGAUGAGCUUUGACUGUUUUCCACUGGCUUCUCUGUUCUGCCCUUAGAGACUGCCUGUGCUGUGCUGUGGGAAGCUGCUUGCUCUAGACUGGGUAGGUUCAGAGUAUCCAUGGUACAGGAAGAACUCCUCUGUAGGUUCUGAAAGUAGCAUGAUGCAGCUGGAGGCUUCUGGAACAUUUUCAGUGUUGGAGAGGCAGUCUUCCUUCUAAUUAACCAGGCUUAAUGAACCUUCAUUGUGAAAAAUAAAAGGAACCCACUCAGAAUUAUUAACAGUCCUGCCACAGCUGGCUUGGUGCAUGUCAAAAUGGCAACAUGGGCAAGAGAGAACAGAACAGGCCCAGAACAUUUCUUUUGUGGUAGAGACUGUCAACCUCUCAUCUUCCAGCAGAGAAUCUCACAGUCAGAGCCUUCCACUAAAGCAGUUGCAGCAAUGUCCCUGUCAAGGUGACAGCAUUAAAGCAAACACUAAAGCUCCUCACCAAGAAGCUGCUAACACUCCUGAUGCAGUGUCAAAAGCCAGUGGCAGCUCUCUGAAAGAAUCAGAGAAUUCUUUUGGUUGGAAAAGACCUCCCAAGAUCAUCGAGGCCAACCUUCAAGGAAAGGUGGGUAGAAGUAAAAGAGGAAAGUUCAGGAACUUGAAGGGCAGUUGGGAUAGGACCUGGCUGUCUCCCACAGCAGGAUAAGUUGGUCCUAUAAUGUGAUUGGAUGCAUUUUGUGUAUCUCCAGCUGGCUGCCAUAGGAAGUAGUCUUUACUACAGAUAAGAGUUUCUGCUUUUGGUCAAAGUGCAUGUGCCCUGAAACAUUAUAUACUCAAAUAUGAGAUAGUCAAAUUCCACCUUGCUCAUAGCUGGAACACUGCCCAUCCUGGGAUUAAACUUAGUUCCCACAUUGCUCUUUCCUUUGGGAAGCUGACAGAGAAGCUUGUGAAAGGACUCUGCUCUCCUGAUAGGUUUUGAAAGGAACCAAACCGGUGCUGAUCCCUCCUGCCCCGUGUCUGAUCAUUCUGUCACCAACACACCAUGCAAAGGCACAACUCCAGCUGCUGUUCUGGUAAAAUAAAAGUUCUCCCAACACUGCAGAAGAGCUCUGUGUAGCUGAUUUUUUCCCCCCCAUUUUUUUGUUGCCUCUGUUUUUACCCACUCUUUUUAUCAGGGGUUUGCCUGGUCUGGAAGAAAGCAGCAUGGAAAGCAUAUUUCCACUUACACAAGUGGCUAACAGUUGAUGCUUCUAGCCCUAAACCAGUUUUCUUUGCUGUCUUUCUGCCUUUACCUCCUGUCCUGGUGCUGUCUGCAGCUCACCAAAAGCUGGGCUGCAACAGGGUUUGAGCACUGAAGCUGUUCAUUCUGUCCACUCCCCCCCGGAGAGGAGCUAAUGGGGACUGUAUGUGAGCAGGUUGGACUGUUGUAGCUGAUCUCCCAAAGAAGAGAGGGUGGUUCCUUGUUCUGAAAUCCUGUGCAAUGUGAACUCUUCUACUCAGUGCUAAGAGGAGAGACCCUGAAGCCAGAAGGGAACUUGGGUAGCUCACUUCUCUGUCACCACAAUCUAUUCAGCUGUUUAAAACCACAGGCACCUCUGUGGGGCUUGGGUUUGGGGUGGUUUUGGUUUAAAUCCUGUGGUUUCAUGCUGUUCAAAGCACAAGCCAGAACACCAAGCUUCUCCUGCACCUGGAUUUUACCUUUUUAAGAGCCAUUCAGUCUCAAUUUAACCAGUCUGGAACGGCUGAGAUGCUUCUUUCUGUGUGUGUCUCAGUAAAUGUGACCUCUGGGGGUAACUCAAGCACUUGCUUGAUCUGUUUUUGUUUCCAUUUCUACUUUAGUGGAUAGCAACACUUCAAGGUUAUUAUCUGGAAUAUUUUGCAGCUCAGGAAGAAGAAAAAACCAAAACCCAAACAAACACUACAAAGAGUUGAUUUAUCUUGCAAUGUUAACUCAAUUAUUUAUCUCUUGUGUGUCCUAAAGAACAAAUGUGUAUUGAGGAUGAAUGUUUAAAAGCUAAGAGAAAAUUCAAUGCAGUUGAUGGGUUGGUUUUUUUUUUGGACCAUUAAUGAUAUUUAAGUAUAACACACUUUAAAUUUCCUUCUUUGGUUGUCCCUUUUUCCCUUAGUAAAAUAAACCAAGUGGGAGGAGGUUUGAUGAACAGA